UGUGGCGACAAGGACGUCCCUCAUCCUCUGCUCCUGCUCACAGUGACCCUGAUCUGGUAAAGCUCCCAUCCUGCCCUGACCCUGCCAUGGGCACCAGCCUCCUCUGCUGGAUGGCCCUGUGUCUCCUGGGGGCAGAUCACGCAGAUACUGGAGUCUCCCAGGACCCCAGUCACAAGAUCACAAAGAGGGGACAGAAUGUAACUUUCAGGUGUGAUCCAAUUUCUGAACACAACCGCCUUUAUUGGUACCGACAGACCCUGGGGCAGUGCCCAGAGUUUCUCACUUACUUCCAGAAUGAAGCUCAACUAGAAAAAUCAAGGCUGCUCAGUGAUCGGUUCUCUGCAGAGAGGCCUAAGGGAUCUUUCUCCACCUUGGAGAUCCAGCACACAGAGCAGGGGGACUCGGCCAUCUAUCUCUGUGCCAGCAGCUUAGCCACAGCAUGGCACAGUCGCCUCCUUCCUGCUCACAAACCCUCAGGCACUUACUUCUCCUUCCAGCUCUCAGAAGCCCUGAACAAAGGAGCUGCCCUGCUCUUUCCUCAGCAAGGAGAAUGAAUGCAUUUGGAACUGCAGGUGUUC